GUCCGAGUCCAACAAUAUUUUCUUCCUCUCAGCUCCUCUAAUUUUACUUUUUGAAGCAUGAGGACUGGUAUGUUCUCCUACACCACAUAUGAAGAUCAAACAAAUGAGCCUCACUUCCUUGAUGCCUGUCAUCUUUGUAGAAAACCACUUGGAAACAACUCAGACAUCUUCAUGUACAGGGGUAACACACCAUUUUGCAGUAGAGAUUGUAGGCAAGAAGAGAUAAAGUUCGAUGAGAACAAGGAGAAGAGCUGGAAGGUUACUUCCAGCAGAAGAAAGUCGGAUCCCAACAAGAACUCCACCCCCAACAAAAAUGUACGGACGGGAUCUGUUGCUGUAGCCUGAUUGAUCUGAGACUGUAGAGAUUGUUGGUGGAGAUUGUUAUUAAGCUUACAGAUCAUGGUGGAUGUGAUCAAUAUGUAAGGUAGUGGGGAAGGAUGAGAGGAUGAUGGCCGAUCGGAUAGGAUGUCAGGAUUCAAAUCCCAAGGAAAAGAAGGUAAAUAGGAAACUGUGGCCAAUUGGAUAACAUAAAAUUAAGGAGAAGAAAUCAAGAAAAACCCACCAGAAGAAUUUUGUUUUUUGUUGUGGUUGAUGUUUGCAAGUCAAAGAGCAUCCUGUUAAGGGAAGGUUAAUUUGUAAAGUUUUGUUAGUGAUCGAUCAUCUUUGAUUACUUCUCAAAGGAUGUUAAGACAUUGAAAAGUUUAUUCAAAGAGAUUUUCGUAUGA